AUGCCCGUGCUCGGCUCCGCUGUGAAGCUCCAGUACCGCACGGAGAUGCGGGCCUCAUGGGCCAUCGUGGACGGCGCAUUCGAGUCCGCGGUCAUACUGGGGCCGCGCGCGGCGCAAGUGCUUUUGCGCCACAGUACCCGGGCAUCCCACCAUGAGUUCCCGUACGCCCUCAGCGUCAUGGCGGGGCUGGUGGCGUGCACGAACGGUGCCAAAGUCGCUGUCUUCCCCGGCCCCGCGAGUCCUUUGAUGCUCUCCGUGAUCAAUGUCAACUACCCGCAGACUCGGAAGUCUUCCACGCACAGCUCCAUGCAUGAAGUGUCUAAGGAGAUCGACGGGCAGAGCAAAGACAGGGCUAAGGGCAUCGUGCGCGACGGGCUCCACGCAGAGCAAGGGGCGCUCGGGGGGGGACCUGCGGGACCGCCGCCCAUGCAGGUCAAUUCGGCGACCUUGACUUCCUUCACGAACGCGGCGUUAUUCCAGCGCUGCGCGGGAGAUUGGGGGCAAGUACGGAAUGGUGCCGAACUCGAAUGCCCGGGCCGAGUGCACUUUGGCACUCUCAUCAACGUGGACGAGGCUUACAAGAUGCUUCGAAUGAUUGGCCUCGUGAGCGCUGGUGGCGCGGCAAGCAAGGGCGGCGACGCUCUGGAUGUCACAGACGCGGCCAGCGAGUUCAACCGCCUCCUGCAGACUGGCACUGCGAGCUACACAACAAAGAACUCAGGUGCGCACGGCGAGGCGGCCGCGCCAACCAUCAGCAUGGGCGUCCUCGGGAACGGGCGCCCCUCAGUCAUCAUUCCUAUGGAGAGGGGCGACAUUGGGUCCAACCACGUCGCAGCGAAAGAGCGACUGCUCUUUGUCACUGGCCGUCCAGCGGAGCCGCACACCCCGGUACCCGCCCGGCUGCAAGUUCGGACCGGGGAGGUUUUCAAGCCGUGGGUGUGGCCGAAGUUGCUGAUGUGCAUGAUCGGCCCGCUGGGCUUGCCGGCUGAAGUCGCCGCGCCAGCGGGGGCCAGGGCGAAGCUCCAGCGGGCCCGGCGGCGCCCAGACUGCGGCAACGAGUCCGACGACGAGGGCGACGCGGACGACGCUUUCGACCCUGAUGCCAGCGGCUACAUGAUAGAGCUCGUGGACGGCACGGCCAGCCGUCUGCGGUUCCGGAAACGGCACGGCGAGCGGGGAGAAGUCGCUUGGGUCGGGGAGCACAGGGUCGCGAACAGGGCCGUCCCCAUCCCGGAGGACAUGACCAUGAAGAGGCUUGCGGAGCGCGUCUUGGAGUACUUCUCGGCGCCGCACGGGCUCUGCGUCUGCUUCAACGCGGAGUGCGCAGUGCGGCGCGACGAUGGCGACGUGGAGGAGGCGGCGCGCCUCGGGGCAGCCCCAUGGCACCUGGCAAUGCUGUCCUCCGCUCUAUUGGCGCUGGAGAUCGCUGUCGGCGAGCACGACGGCACGGCCGACUUCCGCAACCGGUGCCUGCGCGUUCAGGAGGCGCACGUCGUGCGGGGGUUCGACUUGAUCCGCCUGUGCCACGAUGUCCGGAAAGCUUGGCAAGCGGGGGCGCCGGGCGACGCGGACGCCGCCGCCGCUUUGGCGUCGCAGGCUCUGGAGAAUGCUUCUCGCAGGCAGUUUGCAGCGAUGCCCCCGAAUGGUCUCCCAGGCUUCGACGAGUGGCAGGCGACGCAGACGACUCCGCAGGCCCCGCCAGUGCCGGAGCCCGAGGGCGGCGAGGGCGCACCUGGCGGCACGGGGGCGGGCACUUCCCAAGCCGACGUCGACCCCCCCGCCCACCCCGCUGGAGCCCCGCGCGGCGGGGCGCCCGCGGCAGCGCCGGCGCAGCCGCUGAUGCUCUUGAAGCCGGGCGAUCCGGAGGUGCCCAGCAUGGACGUCGGGCACGGGGAGGGGGGCGCGCAGGUGCAGCGGCCCGACGUUGGAGCAGUGAUCUUGAUGGACCGAGAAGUGAUGAAGAAGGCGCUCAUGCGUGGGGGCGCACGGGUCUUCUGCCCGGACGCGUGCGACAGCAUCUCCGCGGUGUCGGCGGGCGAGGGGGCCAAGCGAUCCAGGAAGGCAUUGUGCAGGGCGCACUGGGAAGCCGUCAUGCGCGCAGGCCUGGAGAAGUACCGCGUCGGCACGUUUGUUCACCGCACCGACUCCGAGCGCCGCGGCCACUCAUACGUCGACCUGCAGGCACCCCCGCAGGGCGACGCGGCGGCCGCGGGCAUGUUCCACAACCGCCUCAUGGAGAUGUGCCAGUUGGGUUUGGCGACAUACAUGGAGUGCGCGUCGAAGAGAGCGGAGAAGCAGUCGGCUAGGCCGCCGAAGAAGCGCGCUCGGGGGGCCGCUGCCGACCCGGCCGCCGGCGCAGCCGAAGAGCGCGCCGGGGGCGCAGCCGGCCCGGGCGCGGCGGCAGCGGGCGCGCCCGCGCGCGCCGGGGGGGGCGCUUCCCUGAGUGCGGAGGCUGCGGGCGCGCUCGCGCCAGGCGAGUAG